AUGUCGAAGAAGAUGGCGGACAAGAUGAGAGGGAUAGGAGCCUAUACUGAUUGGGGUGCCCUGAUUCUUCUACUCCAAGAUGAAGUUGGCGGACUGGAGGUCUACUACGAAUCCCAAGACAUAUGGUAUCCGUUUAAAUAUGUUCCGAAUGCUUAUGUUGUAAACACUGGUGAUAUGAUGGGUAUGGGAUUCAAUCCAAACAGCGAAUAA